AUGAUUCUCUUCUUCGGUACUUCUGUGUCACUCGCAUCCGAAUCAAGGAGUGUUCGCUUUUUCGAUGUUCCCUCUCCGUCUGAAUCGUCGUCGCUGUCUAUUACAAUUUUCGCUGUUUUGAUUGGAGAAGGUGAUAAUGGGCUUUGUGGUCCAGAGCUAGCUGGAGAAGGACUUCUCCGAACUGGACUCGAAGCACCUGGACUCUCUGGCACUUCUGGCAGUUCAUCCUGUAUGAGAAAUAAAUUAUGCGAAAAUGGGAUUUAUAAAUUUACCUCGCCCUUGUAUAUGUCUUCAACAUCCCCAGUUGGCGAUUGUGGAGCGUUUAUAUCUGAACGUGGAGAGACUGGAGCCAAUGGUGAUGAUGCUGCGGAUGAUGCGGGUGAUGCUCCGCGCGAUGCAUCCUCAUGGUCCGACAUUCCUCGAAGUUUGAACUGA